AUGUCUCAAUCAAGUAAACCACAAAAAUUGCGCACCAAUGCAACUUUAGCAUGUAACAAUUUUCGAGCGAGUCACCGAAAAUGCAAAAAACCUUCUGAAGAGAAUAUAUGUGCAUACUGUAGAAACCACAGACUUCAUUGUACUUAUACUUUGGGUGGAAAACGCGGUCCAAAGCCUAGAUUUCCUAAAUUACUACGAUCUCCUUUUAAUAGUAAUUUGCAUAAACCUAAUAUUGAAGAAUUCCAACUCUCCCCAUUAAAUUUUGGAACUUCACAUCUUUAUAAUGAUGUUAUUCUAACUCCUUUUAGAACUAUCGAAGUAUUUAUUGAUAAAGAACCGACACCAAAUAAUCAAAAUAUCUCACCAAUUAACCCUAAUAAAGCCAAUAUUGAAAAAUUUCAAUCCUCCUAUUCAAACUUUGAAACUACAUAUGCUUAUACUGCUCCUUCUUUCAGAACCACAGAAACAUUUAUUGGUCAAGGAUUAAUGUCAAAUAAUAAUCCAAAUACUACGUCAAUUAACUCUUGUGAGAGCACCACUGAAGAAUUCCAACUCUGUUCAUUAAAUCAUCCGUAUUACAAUGCUAUUAUGACCCCUUCUAGAACUACUAAGGAAUUUAUUAACAAUGAACCAGCACUAAAUAAUCAAAAUAUUACACCAAUUAACCUUUAUGAAACUACUGAUGAAGAAUUUCAGUCCUCCUAUUUAAACUUUGGAAUAACACAUGCUCACACUAUCCCUUCUUUCGGAACUACUGAGGCGUUCAUUGACCAAGGACUAAUGUUAAACAAUCCAUUCAACUCCUACGAGAUUGCUACUGAAGAAUUCUAA